AUGUUUAUUAAGAAGUUUAGCCUAGGGAAUGAGAACAUAGUCUCUUCAAAAGAAAAAAAAUCCCUGGUCUCUAAGCUUUCUCCUGCAUUGGAAUUUAUAAAUGACAAAAAGGUUGAACUAAAAGUAGCAAAAAUAGCAGGCAGCAAAGGAAAGAUAUAUUUCAGACAUCAAAAUGAUGAAUGGGUGCCAAUUCUGGUUGACAGCAAUGGGAAGCUUGAUAUUUUUCCAACUGUUUUUUUAUUGUGGGAUAACCCUUUGCUGUUGCCGGUUAUAGAAACUUGGUCAGGAGUUAGCGAAGCGAUAAUUAAUGGUGCAGACUUAAUGUGGCCGGGGAUAUGUGAUGGAAAAGCUGUAACCCAAUGGGUUAGGCCAGGUAUGUGGGUUUCUAUUAAAAUACAUAAAAACGAUGCCCCAAUUGCAGUAGGGAAAAUAUUGCAAAUUCCUGAGGAUAAAGAAAAUCUGAAAGGAAAAUGUGUGGAAGUGUUUCAUUUUUACAGAGACAAUUUGUGGGAAUUACAUCAGAUAAUUCCGAAUGAUGGAUUUGGGAUUGAUUUUGUAGGAUCUUAUGGGGUUGAAAAUAGAGAACAAGAAGAGGAAAAGAAAAAUGAAGAAAAUAUUCAAGAAGAACUUAAAAAUGAAGAAAACAAAAAAGAUGCUCAAGAAAAUUCUGAGAUAGAACAGAGAGAAAAUAACAAAAGCAGCAUUGAAUUAGAAAAUAAAGAAAUAACUCAAGAAGAAAUUAAAGAAAAUUUUCCACAGGAUGAGCCUCAAAAUCCUGAAGAGUGCCCAAAAGAUGAAGAAAAUCCUCCAAAAAUCGUAGAAGAAACCAAAGAAGUAGUGGUUUUAGAAGAUGCAUAAUUAAAAUGGCAUUCGGUUCGAGAGAAAUUAGCUCUGCUAAUUUUCUCUACUUCAAGCAAUUUUAUUUUAUGGGUUGGGUUUUCUUCUGAGAGCUUUUGAACAGCAACAGCAGUUUAACUCUGGCAAUAAGUCGAGACACUGCUCCAAGUGCUCGAAGUUUUACCUCUCAGCACACCCGAGGAAGGUGACCCUUAGGUGGAACACGCGCAGGAGCUGAGCCAAAGGAGCGAGGCAACGCAGGCGUCGAAGCCGGAAGGCUGUUUUUGCCCGUGCUGGUGUAAUGAAGUGGAUUGAUCCAGAGAUUAUGGGCCUGACAAGUGGACAAUUAUGGUUGCAACUCUGAAACAGCUACCCCGUAGUGGAUGUUAAACGUUAUAAAUUAAAUAAGAUAAGAUAAGAUUUCAGAAGAUAUAGUUAUUCAAAUUCUCCUCACAGCUUUAAAAGUUGGUAUUAAAGAUGAACAUCUUCCUCUAGAGCCUAGUCAGUUAUUAAUAGUUAUGAAUCAAUGCAAAAGAGAUAUUCCCUUCUCAAUGCCAAAUUCCCCUUUCAAAAAAAUUGGAAAACUUCUGAAGCAUGCCAACGAUAUUGGGUUAAUCGAAUAUAAAGAACCUAAAGGAAGCGAUCACAAGCUAGUAACAAGUAUAUCAAGAUUCCAUCCACUUUAUGUCCAGUGUGUCCCAAUUGUGAAAAAACCAAAACAGAAUAAAAAUAUCGAAAAGCUUGAAGAACAAAGCCAAUAUCCAAUAGUCACUUUUACACCUGUUCUUAUCCCGCACCAAAAAACAAGCCAAUUUUUACUCCGAAACAACAUUGAAGCAGAAGUUUUUACAAAGCAAGAAUUAAGUGCUGCAAUGCAGGACUAUAUAAAGUCCCACAAACUGGAUGAAAAUGCUCCAGAUAAAUCUCAAAUUCUAUUAAAUGAAGAACUAGCAACUAUUUUGGGUGUCCCACAAGGGCCAUUUAAUAAAUCAGAGCUUGCGAAGAAAUUUUCAGAAAAAUUUGCAGAGGGAUAUGUAGAAGAAGAAAUGUCUGGAAUGCAUCUUCCAAUUGUGAAGCAUGGUCAAAUUCCAUGCGUUGAAAUCAGUGAGGCAAAAAGGAAUAAAAGAAAAAGGCUGACGUUAGCUAAGGGGUUAGAAAACUAUCGUGUAGAUUUAAAAGAACUUUGCUCUAAUUGCCAAAGACAUUUUUCUACUCAGUGCUCUUUAUUAGAAGGAUAUCCAAAUACACAAAGUAAUUACAUGAUCUUUCAAAUUCAAGGCUCACUGUGUUCUGAGCUAUCAAGCUAUCUUUCUAACACAUAUAAAAUAUCGUCGGACCCCUGCUUUGGAUCGGGCUUGUCUAACGUCUCCCGACGUCAUAUGUGCAGCAUUUGUUGACAAAAUCAACUCCUUAGAUGGAAAUUCAUCUUGCAAUUAGAGAUUUGUCAUCUGGAAAGUAGAAUUUCCCAGUAAACUUUAGUUCGUCAACUCCUAUCUGACACCUCCCGAUGUCCGUCAUGCUCAGCCCAAAGCAGGAACCGGGCUAUACCAAAGCAAUUCAUAAAGAUUAAAAAUUAA